UCGACCAGAACUUAUAAGUGCUGUCUGUAAUUCGAUGCCAAUUAGAAUGCAAAAAAUUAUACGCAACGAAGGCUAUUGGAUCGAUUAUUAGGUGAACGAAACUCUACUUGCGAGGGGGACAUGGAUUCUGACAGCUGCUUGUUGACCUGCACCGUUGCCGUGGAAUGGUUAAACGCGCAAGGAUCCAUCCUGAGGAAGGCGACUCACCUCGACGAUUUGCGCCUGAUUUGAGACAAUCAGCGCAAACUGCUGGUCGAGGUACGCGCCGAGAAGGCGAACGCGCUCACGAAGCUACCCCUAAGAAGUAUAUCGGUAUUCAAUAAAUUCAUGACCGAGGGGAAGGCGUCCAUCAAGUUUAAAGAACAAAACUGCACGUUGUUCCUGUCAAACGCACACUCCUCCCAGCUGAUAAAUUUCCUGAAGACUAUAUUCGUCAAGCUGACGGGCCAGGAAGUACAGGUCCCGAAGGAUCUCUUGCGGGAGAAGCUCUUUGCGAAUGUGCAACCGGGCGGCGGUGGCGAGGACAUCAGUCCAGCUACAAGCACAGAGGUCAACAGAGCGAAGGAGAAAGCUAUGGCUGCGUCACGCGCGACGGUCACCACUCCGUCGCCGGGCGUGGUCAGGAAGCGGAAGCAUUUCAGCGACAAUGGCCCUAAGGUACCCGCGGCAAAGAAGCUGUACGAGAAUCCUACCGCGGGAGAGUUGACUGAGGAGCAAACGCGAAUUCUGAACGCGGUACUCAGCGAGAAGAACGUGUUUUUCACCGGUAGCGCAGGCACUGAUAAGUCGUAUCUACUGAGAAAGAUAUUAUUAAUAAUCGUUCUAUUUAUAUUAAUAAUCGUUAUAAAAAAUAGUAUUACGAUAGAAUAGUAUUACAUUGCGGUAUAUCUUCGAAUAGGCCACACGUCUCCGUUAUUACCAUAGAUAAUUUAUUAAGUGGACAUCGGUCAACUGGAACAGGAAUUCUACAUGGUUCUUUACCUUCCAUGUAUAUACAUUUAUUUUGCGUAUAGUGCAAUUCCUUUUCGUGAUUUGUCAUGUUUGUCACGUCCAGUACGAGAUAAAAUUGCAAUGGUCUAAAAAUUGCUAGCGAAAGAAUUUUUAUAGAUAAAAUAUGUGCGAUAACAUAUGAGAUACAAGUUGUAUAAAUAAAUACUAUUUUACGAAA